GUCUUUUAUGAACGUCUUACUUGGCCAUGGAUCGAGUUAUUUUUUCGAGGACCGCUUCAUUUUGUGUUUUUUUCGUUUAAUUAAUUUGGAAUUUUUUUUUAUCUUAAUCUUUUUUCUCAUCGAAAAAUGGCCAACGAAUUAUUGACAACGAUUCCACAAGAUCUACGCCAUCUUCGAGCGUGUCUGCUUUGUUCGCUCAUCAAGUCAUUCGAACAAUUUGAAUUUCAUGGCUGUGAUAAUUGCGAAGAUUAUUUAGGAAUGAAAAAUAAUCGAGAAAUGGUCUAUGAUUGUACAUCAAAUAAUUUUGACGGUUUAAUUGCGUUGACAAAUCCCGAAGAUUCAUGGGUGGCUAAAUGGCAAAAAAUUGGUCGAAAAUGUGUCGGCAUCUAUGCGAUUAGCGUAUCUGGACGUUUACCAGCGGGUAUUGUUCGUGAAUUAAAAAAUCGUGGUGUUAUUUAUCGUUCACGUGAUCGUUCAUCGAAUGUUUAAUUUUAUUAUGAAAGUAUUUUUUGAUUUUUGGAAAAAAUCAUACAGAUUAAGAAUUUCAUGUGUAGAUAAUUGAAAAUUAUCAUUAUUUCUGUAUAUUUUUAUUUUUAUUUUUUCAUUCAUUCAUUUUUAUUUUUGAAUAAAGUAUUAAAAAAAUUCAAUAAUUUUA